CACUUCCGCCGGACGCUGUUUGGAGAAGGAUGGAGGAGGAGCGGAGACUGCGGGGGAGGCUGAGCCGCCGCAGGCCGCCCGCGGGAGGCGGGCCCCCUAACUGCCGCCCCUGGUUUCUCUCGGAGGGAAGUAAGAGUGAGCCGUGGGCUGCUCUGCUGUGCAGCACUUUGAGCGGGACCGCGGAUUGGACCCCGAACAGUCAGCCCUUAUCACCGCUGCCCGCUUUUCACAGCCAGGAGUCUCUACCUGACCCAGAGUCCACUGUGCCUCCUGAGGUCUUUACUGUGGGAUCCAAGACUUUCUCCUGGACGCCUUUUCCACCUGCCCUUCGUGGCUCUGGAAGCUCCUACCACCUGUUCCGUGGACCUGAAGGCUCCCUGGAAUCACCUUCUCCAUCCCUGAAAGGAUGCCCUGCACUAGAUUCUGGUCGAACUCCCAGCACCCAGGAGUGUGUGCCUGUGCAGGGUCCACCUGUGUUGCUGAGCUGCCCGUUGUGCCAGAAGGCAUUUGACCCGAAGCUGACCCAGCUAGCUGUGGAUAGCCACCUUGCUCAGUGCUUGGCUGAAAGCACAGAAGAUGUGGUGUGGUGAGCUUCAGGGCGCCUUGCUGUAUCUUCUCCUUCAAGCCUACACGCUGAUACUGGAUGUGACACCUGAGUGUUGGCUCCUGGUUUUGUUCAUGGGCAUUGGACAUAAUGCUGGUUACUGACAGCAGGCAGCAGAUCCUCUGUGGAUUCAUCUUCAUUGUCAGCCUAACUGGAUGUGGAAUCACCUAGGAGACACAUCUCAGGUGUGCCUGUGAAACUGUUCCCAGAGAUUACCUGGGCAAGGAAGUCCCAGUCGAAUGUGGGUGGCACUGUGGCCUGGGGUCCCACUGAUUGAAAAGGGAAAGAGGAGAAAUUGGGCUGUUUCCUGACUGGGGAUGUCAUGAGAUGCGCUUCUCACCUGCUACGGCAGCCAUAGCUACUUUUGCUACUGUGCCCUCCUUGCCGCAGGGACUGUAACUUAACUAUGAGCCAGAAUAAAUUUUAAGUUGCUUUCCAGUA